AAGCAAUGGUUGUGUAAUAUAAUACAACGUGUAAAGUUGGUGUUACUACCUGCUUUUGAACACUGCUACAAAUUACAUAUUUAUCUCUUGAAAAAUAAUUAAAAAAGACUUUGUACCAAAUCGGUCGGAACUGCUCUUUGCGUGCAUUUCCACACGGAAGACGAUUAAUGUAGCUAGCGAAUGUUGCUGUGGUCACGUGUGUUUUGAAAAAGUUCAUGCGCGUGGAACAGAGGCGAAACGAGUUUAACGUCGCGGCUCGUGGCAGUAAGCGUUAUAUGUGCGGAUGAAUCCUCUACCGCUCCCAGUCUUAGGCUUAUAUUAACGUUUAUUAACAUUUAUUAACAUUUAUUAACAUUUACCACCGCUGGGGACGAUAACUCCUCUCUGGCUAACGUUAGCGCGUACCAGCGCUGUCGCAUGAGGUUGGGGUUAGACGUUGGUGCGGUUGGUUUCAGUUAGUUUCAGUUACACGCUGUGUUAACAGAUUGUUGUCUUUUAAAAAUGGUGUUCUUCACCUGUAACGGCUGUGGGGAAUCCCUGAAAAAAGCCCAGGUUGAUAAACAUGUGAACAUGUGCCGGGGCUGCCAGGUCCUGUCCUGCAUCGACUGCGGAAAGGACUUCUGGGGUGAUGACUACAAGAACCACAACAAAUGCAUCAGCGAAGAUCAGAAGUAUGGAGGCAAAGGCUACGAGGCUAAGGCAAACAAAGGAGAUGUGAAACAGCAGCAGUGGAUCCAGAGAGUCCAGGAAGCCAUGAACAAACCUGGAGUCAGUGCAAAGCUAAAGGAUGUGCUCAGACAAGUCAGCACAUAUGAUAACGUCCCAAGGAAGAAGGCUAAGUUUCAGAACUGGAUGAGAAACAGUCUUAAAAUAGCUAACACCAGUCUUCAUGAUGAAGUGUGGGACAUUCUCGCUGCAGCUGAUAAUCCUCCCGAGGCCCCCCAGGAGACUAAAGAGGCUAAACAGACAGUGGCUGCAGUCAAAAUGGAUACUAAUGGAAAUGAAAAGCAGGACAGCCAUCCAGACGUUGAGAAGAAGAAGAAACUGAACAAACGGGAGCGUAAAGAGGCCCGUCAGCAGAAGAAUGGGAAGGUUUUGAAAGGUGCUGAAAAGACUGUUGCACAGGAGCCAGAAGAAGAUCAGACAGGCAAAAAGAAGAAAAAGGACAGAAAGAGAAAGCACAGCUCUGAGGAAGAGGGAGAUGAAGAGCAGAACGGGCAUGGUGCUGAAGAUGAGACAUCCAGCAAGAAAAAAAAGACAAAUGACCAAGAGGAGUCAGAUGAGACUGAGGACCAAGCAGUUCCCAAAGGUAAAUUCAACUGGAAGGGAAAUAUAAAAGCUGUACUGAGAGAAUCACCUGACCAGGAGCUGCCAGUAAAGAGGCUCAGGAAGAAGGUUUUGUCAGCGUACUACUCUUUCACUGGUGAUGGAAAUUUUAAAACUGAGGAGGAUGUGCUAGCACUUUUCAACAAGAAGAUCAACAACAAUCCCAAAUUUAGAGUCUUGAAAGACCGAGUUAGACUUGUAAAGUAGAUAUGUUUUAUCUCACCCGUCUGGCAUGAAAUGUAUGUUGUUCAUAGACUUUUACAAUUUAAACGCCAUUGUUGUCUGUCAUCUUCGCUUGGAUGUUUUUAUACAGAUGACAUAAUCUCAAAGAUUAAAUAAUUUUCUAACUGAA